GAUGGGGUCAGGGGCGGACUGACCAUUUGGAAACUCAGGCACUGCCCGAGGGCCCGGUGUCAGUAGGGGGCCCCAUGAGAUGCCCCUGGUACCUUUUUCAUAGGCUUUUUAGAGUUUGGGCAAGGACACAGGGGCCCCAUGAUCCCCUAUUUCCCAGGGGCCCCAUGAGUUGUCAGUCUGCCCCUGGAUGGGGUCAUCUUGAAGAUUACCUUAGAGAUGGACUGCUUGUACAGGCUUUUUGGUGUAGGGGGCCCAUGAGAUGCCCCUGGUACCUUUUUCAUAGGCUUUUUAGAGUUUGGGCAAGGACACAGGGGCCCCAUGAUCCCCUAUUGCCCAGGGGCCCC